AUGUCUCUAGUGGCCGCUGCAAUAUCUUCUCCAGCCAGCCCUGUUGGCACGUCAUCUUUCUUUUCUCCUGAUGCUUCCACAAUCUCUGCCGUCCCCGGAGCUUCCUCCCCUAUUUCUGCAGCUUCCGCCGCUGCUAAGCCCAAGUAUAACAUUUUGCCUAAUGCUGUUGCUUCUCCUAAAGCGGCAAAAUCCCCAAUCGAUGCUGCCUCUCCUCUCACCUCAAUGGCAUCCAGUAGUCCCUCAUCUAUCUCUAAACAACCUUCGUCUCCUUUCGACUUCACCGCUUCUCCAACAUUUUUUUCUUCGCCCUCUACCUCUUCACCAGCUCUAAGUAGUGUCGCCAGCUCCUGCCUCUCCUCGCCAGGUGAAGACCCUACCUCUGCCCCCUCGCCAGCUCCAAGCAAUGGUUCCAGCUCCUGCCUCUCCUCACCAGCUGUAGAAUCUGUCUCUGCCUCCCUCACAGCUACCUUGGCCACGGAGACCAACGAAAACUAUAUCAACCACGAGAAAGCUCGUGCCGCGCGCAUCCUCGCAGAAGGCCGCAAACGCAAAGACGGUGGACCUCUCGGGUUCUACACAUCCCGCCUCGUCUACAACCUCAUCGCGCAGCUCUCUGCCUGCACGGCGAGAUUUAAACUCGACGAGACCGUCGACGCCAACGGCAACUCGAUUGCAAAGAUCUUCCCAGAGGAGUCUGGAGCGUCCCAGAUUGUGGUAUACAUUCAGGAGGGAGAUACGACGGUCGACGUGUUCCUGGGGAGACCAAAGGAGGUCACGGUGACCUUUGGAAAAGUGGGAGGGGUGCUACAGAUGGUCGGAGUAGUCACAGAAGGACCUGAAUACGUCGAGACGGAGGACAUGAUGGAGUUGGGGGAUUAG